AUGGAUUUUCUAUCUAUCUAUCUAUCUAUCUAUCUAUCUAUAUAUCAUUUUGUUUCUAAAUAUCUAUCAAAAUCUAUCUAUUUCUAUUUAUCUUAUAUCUAUCUAUCUAUCUUAUCUAUCUAUCUAUCUAUAUAUCUAUCUCUUUCCUAUUCAUAUUUCUUUUAUCAAUGUCUAUUUAUCUAUCUAUCUAUCUCAUCCAUUCUAUCUAUCUGUCUUUCUAAAAAUCUAUCUAUUCUUUUUAUUUAUUUAUCUAUCUGUCAUAUCUAUCUAUCUAUCUAUCUAUCCAUCUAUUUCUCUUCUAUAAAUCUAUCUAUCUAUCUAUCUUCUAUCAGAUCAUAUCUAUUUUAUAUCUUUAUUUAUCUGGCACAUCUAUCUAUCUAUUUUUCAUUCCAUUUAUCUAUCUAUCUAUCUAUCUAUCUAUCUAUUUAUCUCUCUGUCUAUCUCCAUUUAUGCACUAUCUUGUUCUUUAUUUUCUUUUCUAUCUAUAUAUCUAUCAUAUAUCUAUCUAUAUAUAUCUAUCUAUCUAUCUAUCUAUAUCUAUCUAUCAUUUUCUAUCUAUCUAUCUAUCUAUCUAUCUAUCUAAUCUAUCUAUCUAUCUCUAAAUCUAUUCAUCUAUAUUAA